ACAAUCGAGCCGACUAUUAAAUUAUACAAUACACAUAACUUUCACUUUUUGCUACGCUGUGAUCUUGUGAAGUUGGAGCCAGUUCUCCGAGGAUCUCGCGUUUACGUAGUUUUAUAUCGUCACCUCGCGAACCGAUGACGUGGUGACUUAUACCAUAAAUAAACUCUGCUAAGAAAUAAUGGUGUAUAAUUAAAAAGUUCUAAGUGUUCUACACAACAUUUUUACGAUGGGGAUGGAAAGAAAUAUAUCGGGGGCCAAAUCAGAGUACCUCUACCCCCCCGAGCUUCUGCAGAGGUUGGACUUCAGUAAAAGCCCUGCCACAUUCAAGCCAAAAAUAAGCGCAGCCAACCCGGGCGAGGAUUGGAUGGUUGUGAGGCCGCUGCAGCGAGCGGAUUACGACAAGGGGUUCCUCCAGUUGUUGAGCCAACUUACAAGUGUGGGGAAUGUCACACAAAAGCAGUUUGAUGACCGCUUCACGCAAAUGAAACAAUCAGGCGGUUACUACGUGACAGUGAUAGAAGACACGCGUAUCAAGAAGCUGAUCGGCGCCGCCACGCUCACUGUCGAACAGAAGUUCAUUCACAACUGCUCUUUGCGUGGCCGACUAGAGGAUGUGGUCGUUAAUGACACAUACAGAGGAAAGCAGUUGGGAAAAUUAAUCGUAGUGACAGUCUCCCUCCUUGCGCAAGAGGUCGGCUGCUACAAAAUGUCCUUGGACUGCAAAGACAAGCUCAUCAAGUUCUACGAGACGCUUGGCUACAAGAUGGAGCCGGGCAACUCUAACGCUAUGAACAUGAGAUUCGACGAUCCCUCCUGACAAUUAGCCGCCGGGACGUCCGACCUGCGCUCUAAACUGUAAGUCCCGCGCUCCGAGCAGUCUUCGCAACCAUUACCCCACGUCACCACGCCAUAGCACCACGCGAUCUCUACGUAUGCAUAGUACGCACGCGACUUGAUAAGUUACCAGUGUCUCUAGAGUUGAAUUGAGCGAACUAUACUUGCCCUUAACCAAACUGACGACCGAGGCAAUAAAACCCCUGGGCUCUCGUUAUUAGUUUCCCAUAGUCUUUCACGAAGCGAGCCGAGGCCUAUAUCAACAUUCCUUUAGUUACUACCAAAGAGGAUCGAGUAUUAUAGAGUUACUGCACAAGUAAAAUGUGUAAUCACAGAGCAUAGAUUGCCAUCUC